CGUGACACCUUUCAAAUCGCCGCUGGUGGCAUAUCGUCGCGGACGUGAAACGGUCACGCUGGAACGAACUGCAGGCAGUGGGUCGUCAAAAUUUUGUUGUUAAUCAAUAGCAAUUAGAUAAUAAGUGGAAUAUGCUCAGACAACUGACACGGUCAAUGGGCCUGACCUCGCGGCUGCUCAGGCAGGUCAACUACGGCACAAAUGCCCCAGCUGGCACCCACAUUCCCGUGACCAAAGCCCUGGAGAUUGGGCAGUGGGAGGAGAAGCUCAAGGCCGCCGGCGUCGAGGACACGAAGUUCAACGUGAAGUGCAUCGUGUCGCAUGUCCUGAAGCGGAAAUUCAAUUUGGUUCCGGACUCGUAUGACCAACUGCAGUUGAAUCCCGGACAGCUGGCGGACUUCGAGCGAUUCCUGGAGGCCCGAUGUGCCCGCAUGCCGCUGCAGCACAUCAUUGGCGAGUGGGACUUCAUGGACCUCACCCUGAAGACGUCGCCAUCGGUCUUUAUUCCACGCCCCGAAACGGAGGAGUUUGUGCGCCUGGUGAUCGAAAAUUAUAAGAACGCAAAACACGUUGACCUUCUGGAAGUGGGCUGUGGCUCGGGCGCCAUGUCCUUGUCUAUGCUGCACAGUCUGCCGCAGGUGGAGGCCACUGCCAUCGAGCGUAGCAAGGCGGCCACCGUGCUGGCGGCUGAGAAUGCCAAGAUGCUGGGACUGCUGAACCGUUUCGAGGUACACAACCACACCAUGGAGGAGGACAAGUACAUGCCGGAGGUGCUGAAGGACAAGAAGUACGACUUGAUAAUCUCCAAUCCUCCCUAUGUGAAAACGGAAGAGUUUCAGUUUCUCCAUCCCGAAGUGGUGGUUUACGAGAACCUAAAUGCCCUGGACGGUGGCUCCGAUGGAUUGAGGGUGGCUCGACUGGUCUUCGACUUGGCUUGCCGGCACCUGCGGCCCGGUGGUAAGCUCUGGCUGGAACUGGGCAACGAACACCCGCCGCUGGUCAAGACCAUCAUGAAUCUGAAGUACGAGGGCCGGCUCAAGUUCGUUGCCAGCUACAAUGACCAGUAUCAGCGCGAGAGAUUCGUACAGAUCGAGAAGGUGUAGGCGGUGUUACCCCAUAAAGAGGACGGGAUGAUAUGACUUAGACAAUGCAAUUAGCUAUUACGUUGCCCAUGCAUUUAGCUGUGAUUUGAUUUAAGACCACAAUACCUGCAUGCUGCCCAGAGACUCACACCUAUAUAAACAGAAUAUAUAGCGCUAUUAAUCCUUAA